UUAAAGCCGCCAUGUUGGAUGUGAUAAUGGCAGCAUUUGAGCCAGCGUUUAGGAUAGUAGAAUGGGCUAUGGCAGAAAUGGUGAGAAAACCAGCAACACUGAGAAGAGCACAAGAAGAAGUGAGACAAGUUCUGAGGAUGAAAGGACACAUCAAUGAAACAACGUUAGAGGAAAUGAAAUAUGUUAAAGCUGUCUUCAAAGAAACUUUAAGACUACACCCUCCUUCUCCUUUCCUGGCUCCAAGAGAAUGCAUGGAGACUUGUGAGAUCAAUGGGUACACGAUUCCAAAGAGAACCCAAGUGCUUGUGAAUAUUUGGGCCAUUACAAGAGAUCCUAAGUAUUGGAGCUCAUCAUUUUCAUCUUCAUCAUCCUCUGCAGAAGAAGAAGAGUUUGUUCCUGAAAGAUUCAUGGAUAGUUCUGUGGAUUACAGAGGAUCCAACUUUGAGUUCAUAUCGUUUGGUGCAGGCAAGAGGGUGUGUCCUGGGAUGUUGUUUGGUCCUGCCAUUGCAGAGAUUCUUUUAGCAAACUUGUUGUGUUAUUUUGAUUGGCAACUGCCCUCUGGGACUACUCCAGAAACCCUAGACAUGACUGAACUUUUGGAUUCAACCUUGAAGAAGAAAACUAGUCUCAUUCUAGUUCCUACUCCUCAUGGUAAUCCCAUGUGUACAUAACUGAAUAAACUGGGAGAGCUUGGGAAGUUGAUUAGUUUUACAUGGCUAUAUAUAUAUAUAUAUGAUUAGGAUAUUUAUUUGUUUAUUUAUUUAUUUUUAUAUGAUGUCACAAGUUGAUGUGAAUUUGAUUUCAAGAAUGGGGGUGUGCAUAAAGAACAGGGUCCUAGCGUACCCAUACUCGUUAUGAUCAUGUGGGGAUAGGACACAAACGAACUCAAGACAAAUUCAGAUACAUGACGAGAAGACAGAGACAAAGU